CUUUCUUCCCACACCCUUAAGUCCCACUGUUUUCUGAGCCUGCUGCCAAUGCUCCCUCCCUGCCCUUCUGGGCACCGGGACUCUGUCACCUGGGCCCCCAGAGCUGCAAAGGGCAUGGUAGUGUGACUCAGACGCCCCUGACACAGAGUUCUGAUACCACAGAGCAGCUGUAAUGAUGUGGAGAACCAUAGGAUCGUUGGGACCAGCAGUGGAGAAAGUGCUGCCAACCUUGAUCUAUGUGAUGCAGUGCUGGCCACUGUGCCGCGUGUUCACCUCCGAUGGGGCCUACAAGGAAGUUUUUGCCCUGGCUGCCACCCUGGCGGUGUGGGUGAUUGUCCAGGUGCCUGAGUGCCACGAGGCGAUGAGUCUUUAUUCCUCCCACCUGUUUGUGGCUCUGCUCUUCCAUGUGGUCAUCACCACACAGCAGACACCCCCAGAGGAAUUAGCUAACUUUUGGAGAGCAUGCCGGGAGGAACAUCGCCUUCCCAGCGACCCCAACAGGUUUGCAGUGCAGGCCUUGAAGUCCCUGCUCUUCCAGCUGCGGUGUGACAAUGAGGUGAUGGCGAUGGAGCGCAAGCAUGGCUGGGACGGGCUGCUCUGUGCCCAGACCCAGCACUACGCCAUGGGUCUGCUGGCCAGGGAGAUGCGCCGUGUCUUGAUCCCUUUGUGUUCUCACAUCGCACUCCACCUGCUCCAGCUACUCAGCAUACAUGAGCCACGCUGGGAUCUGCCUUUCUUGGCAUUCUUUGUGGAGGUCCUUGAGUGCUUGGAUUUCACUAAAUGUGGUGACAGCGUCCAUGAGAUCGCAUCAAGGCACCUGCAGAGCGAGUGCAGGGAGAGGCGUCGCCUGGCACUCAGAGGCCUCGUGGUGCUCAGCAAGGAUCCCUUGAUGGCCAGAAGAAUUUGCAGCCUUUCUCAAAACCUCCUGGAGCUGCUGGGUGAUGCAGAGGGAGAUGUGGUCUUUCUGACCCUCCGUGUGUUCACUAAUCUGCUCCAGAACAAAAACAUCCUGGUAUCGAGUCGCACUGCUCCAAAGCUGGCUGAGGCACUCCUGCCGCUCUUUGACCACGACAAUGGCCAUGUGGAGGUGCUCUCGCUUGACCUCUUCUUCAAGGUGAUGCAGUUGUCAGCGGAUGAGGCUAAAAAGCCCCUGGAGAAGAUUUUGAGCCAGAGCCUGCUCCCACUCUUCUUGCACUGCCAUGAUGAGAACCGGCGUGUGGCAAAGGCCUCACGGGAAACACUUCUUCGUGUGACCGAUUUCCUGAAGAGGAGGAAUCUCAAGCAGCUGGUGAAGAAGGAGCAGCUGUUGACGUUUGCCAAGUGUCUGCUGCAAGAGAACCGGAGCCGAGCGGCCGAGCUCCUGCGUCAGGCCCUGCCAUACCUGGAGAGCCCCCAGGAGCCCCUGCGAGAGGCGGCCAUCAGGUUCAUCGGGAUGGCCGGGCAACACCUGAGAGGUCAGCAAGAAGAGCUCCAGCUGAUGUGCAACGCCCUUGAACACCUUACAGCUGACAUCAGCACUGCCGUGUCAGACCUGGCACUUCAAACACUCUAUGUCCUCCGGGCACUCCAGAGUGGGUGAUCUUCUGUCUUCCAGAGGCUGCAAGAUCAGUUCCGCAGGGCAUGGAAGAUGCGGCCUCGUCUGUCGGGCCUCAGCUGGCUGCACUGCCGGAGCAUCGCUGGGAGCUCAUCUGGGAGGCUCUGUCUGCUGGGGCCAUCUGAGCCAGCAGCAAUUAUUCUUUGCUUUAAGAAUUUUCUUUUUUCCAUUUUUUUAUAGAAUGUAAAUAUAGAAUGUGUUAUAA